UUGUUUCAAAUAAAAUAAAACUAAAAAUUUGUGUAAACAAAAAAAUAUAUAUAAUUUUUUAAAGAAACAAAUUAAUCUAUUGUUAAUAAUUAGUAAAAAUUAAUCAACAAGAAAUUAAUUUUUAACCAUUCUAUAAUGGAAUAUAAUGAAGGAAACCGAUACUGAAACUUCAGUAAUAUGGCCACCAUGGUGCUAUGCCGACAAUAUUCACCAUAAUGUCUUAAAGGAAUGUGCUGAAAUUGAAAAGGACUUGUAUUCCAAUAUCAACGAAGACUCCAAUGACCUGUCCUUAAGAAAACUUACAGACACACAGGAAGUGACAAGAAAAAGAGAACAUAUCAAAUAUACAAGUGGUUUUAAAACAAGACACCCACCAAUUGCACCGCUAUCACUAACACCGAUCACAAUUGUUGGGGAGAAAAAAAUGCUUAGCGAACGCUCUUUACUAUUGAGUGGUUACAGUAACAACAAUACAAUUGAAAGUGUUAAAACGAAUUGUGAAAAAAGCAAUACACCACCCUUGAGUGGGGAUACGUCGCCGGUACAGGGGGCCGGUCUCACAAUUACACCUACAACAACAGCAGCAGCGGCAGCUGCUUAUCUCUAUUUGGAAAAGGUGAAAAAUGAACAAAUGUCACCACGUGUGACAGCAGCACAACUAGAUUCCCUAAAGGAUGCUAUUAUGGAAUCAUCAGCUGCAGCAGCAGCAGUUGCUGCUGCAAUGGUAAACAAUAACAAUAGUAAUUCUAUCAAUAAUAACAACAAUCACAACAACAGCAAUAGCAUCAACAAUAACAGCAGCACUGGCUCAGGCAGUGGCAGUGUAAGUAAUUGCAGUAACAGCAGUAGCAGCAUAAACAACAAUUUAGUCAAUAGUCAGCUUCAAAAUCAAAUUGCCAACAAUUCUAUCAACAAUACCAGUGAUGAAUUACAGAGUCAUUCCCUGGCACAAUCCUGCAGUCAAACACACCAACAACAACAGCAUCAGUUUCAGAUUCAGAAGCAAUCGCACCAACAUCAUCACCAUCACCAAACACAACAACAGUCAUUACACAUGAACAGCAAUCAUGUGAAAAAAGAGAGACUUAGCCCUGGCACUAACGGUGAUCUCCAAACGACAUUAUCAAGAUCGCGCAGUACAACACCAUCUUCAUUUCGCGGCACGUCGCCGCAACAAUCUGUUCACAGUAGUCCGUCCGAAACCAUAGUACCAAUGCAUAAUCUCUCUACGAAUCUGCUGAAUAGUAUUCAUCAGGCAGCUGCCUCAAGUCGACAUGGAAAUUUGAGUGUUUCUUCGCCUGGCAUAACGAAUGCAAAUUCAGGACUUCCAGCCGAUUUUCCAACGCGAAAUUAUUCUGAUUUUAUGCGAAGUUUGGCAGCCAAGUACAAUAAUGCAAAUCCAAAUGAUAACUUGAAGCGGAAUACAUUGUUUGAAGCAACAUCAAAUAAUAUAACUAGCCAAAAGAAGGCAUCAACAGCAGCACAAAAGACAUCGUAUGCACCGUCACCCACCACCCCAAUUAAUAAGGAAGUAUCCAUAACGACUACCUCUGCACUACCUCCCCCUCCACCGCUGGCAUCAGCAGCCAUCUCACCAGGCGAAUCAACUCUUAAGCUGACACAACAGAAUAAACUCGCCGCUGCAGUAGCAAAUGCAGCGGCUGCCUGUACGAGUAAUGUUUCGCCAUAUAUGACUUCGUUUCUAUCCAGCCUACCAUUUUCGUCUGGAAUUUUCCCUCCGCUUAUAGACAUGAGCAGCACCCAGGCAUUAAUAACUUUGGCUCGGGCAGCCAAGGAAAAUGAAAUACAUAACAUUUUGAGUGCCUCAACACAACACCCAAAAAGAUCUGCAGCCAGCAAUUCGCCCUCACCUAGUCCAAGUUUGAAUAUGGCCCUUCAGCAGGCAGCACAAUUUAUUUCACCUGCACUCAUCUACUCUGCUCAACUUCAGAAACAGCAGCUGCAACAGCAGGCUUCAAGGCAAUCUAGUCCACGUUUAGCAAACAUUUCAAAUUCCACAACGUCCAGUUCCACUUCUGCUAAAAAUAAUAGGAAUCUUGGUGAUAAACUGAAUGUUUCACCAUUAGACUUGAGCUCUCAGCCGCCAGCAUCUAAACGUUUCAAGGCUGAAUCCACAUCAAGCCAAAGUAGUAACGAUGGCUUAAUACAUACCACCAUAACAAGAGCGUCGUCUUCAACUGCCACAACGUCUCCAUCACCCCCGCCCCUUAAUGAAAAAUCUUUGAACAUGAAUGCUUCUAUUGCUUCUCCGGCUGCAACAGCUUCUGCCGUUGUUGGCUCGAGUACAAAGACAGAAGCAACUACAACAGCAUUUACACCAAUCAAAGUCGCCAGCUCAACAUCUGCCACAUCAUCUAUUGCACCUGCGGUUACUGUACGUCAAUGUCAAGCACAGAGUGAAGAGUUGAACUCUUGGACAGUGGAUGAUGUUUGUGCAUUUGUAGGCAGCAUAGAUAUCUGUGCCGAAUACGUAAAGCAUUUUCGUGAUCAAUGCAUUGAUGGGUCUGGUUUGCCAUUGCUAACCGAAGAUCAUUUGGUAAAUUCGUUGGGCAUGAAAUUAGGACCAGCUCUGAAAUUACGUUCUGUGUUGGCGAAGAAAUUGGGCGGUCCUUGUCCGUGCGUGUCGUGUGUUGCACAAGUUCAACAGGUGUUGGCUUUGCAAACUGGUGGUAUGACAGCAUCAACAGCAGCGGCAACCAUUGCAACACCAACAACUACAAGCGAUCAUACAACAAACAGCAUUUCUGCAAAUGUUACUGCAAUUGGUAGUAGCAGUAAUAGUAGUGGUAGUUGUAAUAGUCAUUUACCAAAAAAUCCAUUAUCGUCCAGCAGUAGCACGAAUUGUAGCAACUACAACAGUAGCAACUCUGUUAACAAGAAUGAAAGUACAGCAGCAACAACAACAAGUUCUACAAAUACCAUUUUCACAAAUAGCUCAACUACAAAUGUUUGCAAUAACGAUGCCAACACAAACAACACACCCAGAAGCAAUUGUAAUACUAAUGUUGGUAAUAUUUCAUCACCACCACCACAAUCAUCAUCAGCAGCAACAGCACCACUAUUACAGCAACCACAACAACACCAUCUCCAUCAACAGCAACAUUCACCUUCGCAAAAUAUUUGCAGUAACGACAACAGUAAUCCUACUACCUAUCGUCACGACAAUGUUGACUCCAGCAGUUAGUUGAUUAUUUUGUAUCUGAAAUUAUCGUUGCAUCUCCAUACAAUCAAAUGGACUAGAAUGAAUGUUAUGCAAUCAAUAUUUGUAAUGCCAAGUGAGUGGACUGUACAAGGACGGCGGACAAUGUCACAUUUUAAAAGAAAAUCAAAAACUUCCUUCCCUGAACCUAUGAGAGUAUCUUUUCUCGUCUAGUUUGAAAUAAAGAUUUAAAAUGAGACUUCUCCUCUUCCAUUUAUUUAAUUUGAUUUUCAACCUUCAAUUAUCGUUUAAUCGGUCGAUUCUGUCUAUUAAAAUAAUAUUUGAAUGAAAAAGAUAAAACGAUAAAACAUAAUCGGACAAUAAGAAAAUGGUAAUAAAUCAGUUAUUUUCGAAAAGAAGUCAAUUGAAAUGUUUGUUUUAUAAAAUUUGGUUGAAAUUAUUAAUAACCCAGCAAAAAAUACUUUACAAAAUACAUCAUACCUAAAAAUGCGAUUACUUAUUAUUCACUUUUCUAAAAGUGAGAAAAGACAUAACAAAUUUGAAGUACAUCAAGGAUUGGUGUAAAGCAGUGAAAUUUUGAUAAGAAAUUUACAUUAAGAAAAUGUGUUUAUUUUUGACAUCCAAAUGUCGGAUUUUUACUGUUUCUAAAAUUAUGAUUAGAUGUAGUUCAGAGUUGCCAAACAUGAUCAACAUCCCUCCAAUGUCACGCUAAUGUAAAAUUUGUAGGUUUUUCAUCCGAAUUUAAAGCAUUUCGUGUUACUAGUUGUGAUCAAAAUACUACAUCUUUUUCCAUCCAUCUCCGAUUUCGAGGAAACUCGUUGUCAUUUAUAUUAUUUUCAUACAAAAUUUUGAGUUUUUUUAAUGCAAUGUAUGUGUCGAUAAUGUUUUGUUUAAAUUAAAGUUGUAGAAUUUCAAAUUAAAAAAAAUCGUUAAAGAAAGUAGGUUGAACUUCUCAUUUUAUCUAGAUUUCGUAUAUAUUGUAAAUAUUAACAAUAUGCACAACUAAUCUUUUAAACUAUUUUAGUUAUUAUGACUAUAUUCUCUAUGCAAAGUCCUGAUUCGUACACUUUAUACAUUUACUGGACAAACUACUUAGAACUUAAAACUGCAAAGUCGCCCAAAUAAGUUAAAUGAACAUAUUAAAUGACUUUGCAUAUCGUACAUAUAUAAUUACUAUAAUUAAAAUGAAUACAAACAAAAUGUAAAUAUAUUAUUUAAAAAAUCCUUAAAUACCAAAAUGCCUUAAAUAAAAAUAAAUAAUUUUAUUUGUGUUUUUUAGUUAAUUUUAAUUAAAAACAAACAGCAACAAUCGCAAAGUCUUCCAAUCAUAAAACAAUAUUAAAUAAAAAAGCAAUUUAAAUUAAAUAAACAAAAAAAAACACAAGUAAAAUCAUGCAUUAAAUGUAUGAUUCUAGCAACAUAGAUACAUAUAAAAUUCUUAAUAGAGACUUAUGAAUUUAAGUGAUUUUUUCAAAAAAAAAAAAAAAACUUUUUAAUAAAAAAAAAUUACAAAUUUUAUAGUCAAUUUUAAUAUUAAGUUAUAUUUGUCGUUAUUUUAUUCAACUUAUUUUUUAAUAUUAAACUUAAACUUUAACAACUACAACAACAUUAUUUACUUACAUAAAAAACAAUAAAUUAUAACAAAAGAAAACCCAAGUGUACUUAAGAUUUACAAAACUUUCAUACUUUUAUACAUUUAUGUAUUAAAAAUAAAUAAAAAGAAUAUAUGCAUAUAAAAUAAGAAAGUAAAUAUAUAAAAAUAAAUAUUAAUAAAUUACACACAUUCAUAUGUUUGCAUGUAUGUAUUAUUAAGGAGAAAAAUUAUACAAAUUACAUACAUACAUUUUCUUUUAUUCAUUAAUUUUAUGUAUGUAUGUGCGUACAAUAUGCAUGUCAGUGAGUGUGUGUUACUACAUAAAUAAUACAUAUAAAUUAUGAAUAUUUUAUUUUUUAUUCCAAAUUAAUGAAAUGAAUUAAAAUACAAUCUAAUAUCUAACAACUAGUCACUAAAAAUCAAAAUUUGUUUUAUUUAAUAAAUGAAUAAAAAAAGUUAUAGAGAUCUGUUAAUUAUUUCCAAAAUUAAUUCGAUUAAAACUACAUAAAUACAAAAUAUAUGAAUAUUUUUAAACAUU